GACUGUGUACUGGGUGAAUACAUCGCGAGCCGCCGCCAGAACUACCGUAUUUCUAGUCGGCAUUCUCGUUUUUAUAGGGAUUUGAACUAUUUUGGAAUAUGUCCAAGAAAUCCGCGUAGCGGCUCAGUUUUUAUUGUAAAACUGAGUGUAUUUGUUCGUUGUCAAUGGAGCGCGAAAUACGCUAGGAGGGAGAUCAGAGCCCCAUGGGAUGUAAUAACAUGGAUCGAAGAACCUGCCCAGCACAGAACUGUAGUAGAAGCAUCCAGUCUAUCUCCUGUCGAUGCGAGGGAAACCGAAGUUGUUGGUUAUAAUUCGAUAAAAUUGUUGAUAGCAUUGGGCUUCAGUUUUCAACAUGAGCACUCUCACCUCAAAGCACUCGUCAUUGGAAAGUCGGAAGAUGACCGACGUAUAUUCAUAAGAUUGUUCGACAGAAUGAAUGCAAGCGAAAGUUACUCAAUAACUAUCAAGGAAAAGGCAUUGCCACGAAAACGUUCGAUUUGGAAAUUGUGGGAAAAUGGCUCGUCCUUGUCAUGCACAGAAAUCCUCGUGAAAGAUGAUAAUCAAACAACGAUUCUUUGUAUGGAUUUUGUGAUUAGAGAACGGCGACACGAUAAGUACAAACGAGGAUACAAGAGCUUCGACACCAAAGCGGAUUUUUUAAAAGGCUAUCACGUAAUAGAGGAAAUGUGCAAAUUCUGCUGCAAUGGAACUGUUGCAAAGUAUCAAAUUCCACAGGAACUCGCUUCUGUUUCUCUAAUGAUGCGUGAAAAUCACAUUGAUAGAUUUGAAAUCGGUUCUGUUCACAGCUUUUACAUUGCGUCCGUAAUGAAAUCCAACAAAAGAUAUGUUGCAGUUGAUCAGUCAAAAGCCUUAACGGCUCUAAACAUUGCUCAAGCUAUUUCAAAGCUUAACGGAAAAGGCAUGGUGACCAGCUCAGAAAUUAUUAUCGCCGACUACUUCUAUCAGCGAACACUGAAAUACACCUAUAAAUUCAAUCAUCAAUACGAAGAGAGGAGAUAAUUCAGUUACUUCGAGAUGUUCCGAAGCCUCAUCCACACUCCACCCAUCAAACAUCCAUACGUCUGCUUUAUUCCAAUGAUUUAUUUAUCAUGUUUAUCAUUCUUUGUGUUUUUGGUGCUCCUAAGACAAUGGUUCUCGCAUUGGCAAUGUACGCAUCGAAAAAUGCUGUGAGCACUUGGUAUUGUGCAAUAAUGGGUAUCAUUCAAACUCUUCUGAUUUUCGUGACUUCUCUAACCCGAAUCCACGCCACGCUGUAACUUAUUGUGAUUAUUUAAAAACGAUUGCUUUAAUAAAAACUGUUUAAAACGA